AUGGCCAACGACACCGUCGCGACGCCGACACAUCUCGACGAUAUGCUCCUCCCGACGCCACCGACGCCCAAGCGCUGGUCGCAACGGGUGCUUGGUGUCAUUGCUGUCUGUGGCGUCGUGUGUGCUGCCGUCGGCGCCUACUACAUCCAGCAGUCGCCCGGCCUCAAGGUCGUCGUGAACGCCAAGCGCGCGAGCAUGGCGUUCAACGGCCAAUUGUCGACGACGGUCUACGUCGUGCCGCGCACGGGGUCGGGCGCGAACCUCAAGUUUGAUGCGUUCUUGUCGCAGCCCGGUCGGACCGCGCCGUGCUGCUCGAGCGUCGCGUUCGCGCACUACGAGUCGAUCAAGCGCGCCUGGACACGUCCGGAAGUGCAGACCGAGUUUUGCAACACGGCGCUGAGCAUCGGCAACUCGACUGACAAGACCAUCGACAACAUGAUCCUGGUGACAUACUCGAUGGGCAACCUCAUCGCUGGCGGUGCGGUCGCCAAUGGUGUGUGCGAGCUCGGUGACGGUGUCACGUGGGUCUCGAUCGCGGGUCCGAUGCAGGGCAGUAAAGCUGCCAACGUGCUUGAGCGGCGGUGUUCAGCCUGCGGCAUGGAUGGGGCUCUCUUUGGCUACUGCCCGGCCACCGAGGCGUAUCUUCAGAUGAAGGCCGAAGACACGGUCGACGCGAGCUUGAAGAAGGCGUUCAAGGACGCGCAGACGGCCCGGAAGCGCGCCAACAAGCUCAUGUGCGGCACCAAAUCGUCGGGCUUGGCAUCGUUGGGCGGUACACUGCUCGCUGUCAUUGGCUCGUUGGCAUUUUCGGAAGACACGAUCCACGACGGCGUUGUUGCCUUUGACAGUUGCAGCGUCGGCUUCACCGAGUUUUCCUCGAACGCCGAGGUCGGUGGCAACUACAAGGCGAGUAUCAACCACUUUGAUGCGUCAUUCCGCAACGGCGAUGGCUGGUGGGGCGCCGACCGCAAGCCCGUCAAGUGGUUCGAGUGUGCUCUUUAA